UUACACCCAUAUUUUCUUGCAGAUCAUUCCCAACUGGUGACCACUUCUCACCAUUUUUUUGGCUGCUCAAGGCUUAUUCCCUCUCUUCCAUAAAUGGCUUCUGUAAUCCAAUGGAAUCUUACACUCAACUCGAAUCAUCACUAUCUAGUACAAUCACCUGACACAUACUUCAAUGUCCAGUUCUGGGGCGAACAGUACUAACAACAGUGGUGGAGCUAGUAAUUCCACUGGGCGACACCCGGUGUACAAAGGAAUAAGGAAAAGGAAGAGUAGUGGCAAAUGGGUGUCCGAAAUUCGGGAGCCACGGUCCCCGAACCGUAUUUGGCUCGGGACAUUCCCAACUCCCGAAAUGGCGGCCGUCGCAUAUGACGUGGCCGCCCUGGCACUCAAAGGGCGGGGCGCCGAGCUCAACUUCCCAAACUCAGCGUCCUCGUUGCCUGUCCCGGCUACUAACUCGUCCCGGGACAUCCAGGCGGCUGCGGCCUGUGCAGCCGCAGCACUUGGGGCGGCUGGGGACGCCCUAGUGGGCGCCCGUAGUAGACCGGUUUCAAGAGAGGCUGGAAAUAUGGCUGGGAAUAAUGAUAAUAAUAAUCAUAGUAAUGAGGGCUUUAUGGAUGAAGAUUUGAUAUUUGAUAUGCCUAAUGUUAUUAUGAAUAUGGCUGAAGGGAUGUUACUUAGUCCACCACGUCUCAACCUUCCUGCAGAUGAUGACAAUGCUGCUGGUGCAGACCAAAAUCUCUGGAAUUAUCCCUAAUUCCAUCUCAACAAAUAAAGCUAAAAAUCUUACUUUCAAGUUUUAUACAUUAUAUACAAAUAUGUACUAGUAUAUCUAUAUCUUACUGAUCUCAACAUUCUGUAGGAACCUUGAAGCAACGGUAAAGUUAUCUCCUUAUAACCUAUAUGUUACGGGUUUGCGCUGACAGAAAACACUAGUGCUUGCAUUAGGGUUCAAUGUUGGCACUUCCUUGGACCUUGCUAAUGCAGGAUGCAUUGUGCACCAGUGUUUUUUGUUUAUAUAUAUAUAUAUAUAUAUAUACUAGUUAUAAUUAA